AAACAAGUGGGCGUUUCAAACAUGGCAGAUACUACAAGCAACAGGAACGCACUUGAAAUAAAGCUUACAGGAACGAAAAAAGGACUUGGUAUAACUAUAGUUGGUGGACACAACCCUAACAAGCCAGAAGAAGGCUCUGGCAUUUACAUUAAGGAUAUUUUGACUGGUCGUCUGGCACAUGAGAAUGGUAAAUUAAAAAUUGGAGACCAGUUGCUGCAGGCAAAUGAUGAGAGUUUGGUUGAUAUAUCAAAUGAAAGAGCUGUUGAAAUAUUAAGAUCUUGUGCUGCUACUGACACAAUAAGUUUACUUAUAGCCCGUGAUGAGAUUGCACAAACUGAAUAUCAAAGGCUCUCAGUUCCAAACAAGGCACAAUCAGAUGCAGACUAUGAGGAUAAUAGGACUGACCCAGAAACUGGAGGAGAUGAGGAGAAUGGGUCCCUCACUCCAGUCUCUUAUACUAGUGAUUCAAGCAGUGAAGAAGAGCAGAGGACCAGCGUAGAUCCAAUGCAGCUUUCAUCAAGAAAUAGGCCACUCUCUGCCAUUUCUGAUGUUUCAGGCCCACCUCCUCCUCUACCAAGCUCACCACCACCAGAUGAUGAUGCUAAUAACAAUACAGUAUUAUCCGCAUAUGAGCCAAGACAAGCUGAAAUCAAUCUCUCAAUGGCUGGCAGUGAGGUGGCAGCAAUUGCAGCAAGAAGGAGACCACUUCAAGAUGAGAAAGAAGCUGCAGGCUCUACUAGUAUUCCAACAGCAACAGUUCAUACUGAUGUACCUGCUGUAACUGUUAGUAACGUACAACCUGCUUUGUGGACUGAGAGAUAUAUUCCAUCACCCGAGGGGACACCCACUAGGGCAAUGUUUAGCUUACCUUCUGAUGCUCCAGCCACAUAUAUAAAAAGAAAUGCUUCAGGCCCUAAGAUUGAGAACAAGAGAAUAUCACCACAAGAAAUAACCGAGUUAGCUAAGUCAAGGGGCGAAGAAACUGAUGACAAAGGGACAAAGAAACGCGGACAACUUUCUGGGCCUGAUUACAAAAGACUCUCAGUUGAUCCUCGGAAUAAGUUUGCCUUCAGUAAACUGAUACUGGCAUUGAAUUAUAUUGAGGAAAAAGGAAUUACAUCAGAGCAAGAGGAAAAGAUUAGGGACUCUCUUAAUGUUGAUUCAGAUGGCAAGGUUGUUUAUGAUGAAUUUGUUAAAGUUGUUCAACGCCUGUUACCGGCUAUCGAAUUGGAUCGGGUUAAACUUGUCGAGGCACUUCAAAAGAAAAUACCAGUGCCAGAAUUUGCUCCAAAACCACAGCCAAACUUUCAAACAACUAUUAUAUCCCGUGAAGAUCCCAAAGAAGAUGCAGGAGCUGUUCCAAUGGUUCAAAACAUUGCCUAUAAACCAUUGGCUCACCAAGACAGCCAAGUUGUUGAGCAGUUGCGAUUAGCUAUAGCAAAGAGAGACAGUGCUAUGAAAGAAGUUGAGCAUCUCAAAGCAAAACUGAAACAAGAGACAAUUGAGAAAGAGAGAGCAAUGGCAGCCAAUGCUAGAUGGAAUGAGGAGAGAGAGACACUUAGAGACCGGUUGUCAGAUAAGGAGAAAGAAAUAGAGAGUCUGGCAAAGAAAGUGAGAGAGCAAAAAACAAAGAUUGAGAAACUGACUACUAGUGACAAUUGUAAGAAAAUAGCCUCGCAGGAUUGCGAGUUGAGGAAAAAGAAUGACACACUUAGAAGAUAUCAAGUAGCUACAGAGCAGCUCUCCCAGUUUUUGGAAAAAUGCCAAGAAGUACUUGCUAACUCUGACACAGAGCAAAUAGUGUAUCAUCCACAAGGAAGAGGCGACUUUGUUACUAGGGGAGAUCCCAUCACAGGGAAUCCCCGCCCACCUCCUUUCGUUUCGAAAAAUGCUCGUAAAUCCGCCAACACUCUAGCACAAGAAGCCAAAGAAACUAUGCUGGCAGUUAAACGCAUACUAAGUGCUGGAGUAGAGUUGCCAGAAGGCUGGGAAGUGGCAUAUACAGCAGACGGGGAGAAAUACUACAUUAACCACGGGAACCGAAAAACAAGUUGGGAACAUCCUGAAACAAGGUUAUCCACAGGAGGAGGAGGAGGAGGAGGAGGUGAUCAAAAUGCAAAGACGAAACCAUACUCUAAAGCAGUGAAACAACGCUAGAGCAGCUAACAACUAACACACACCAUACAGACUGUAUUAAGUAUACUCUUAAGUUCUAUUAUAAUUAUAUUAGAGACUAUCUUGUUGGUGAUAUUUUUUAACAUACAACUUUGUAUAAUGUA